GAAUGUAAGUACUACAAUCAAUCAUUCUAUUAUAUGUAUCUGGAUUACUAUAGAAGCUAUGGAAAAACUUGUUGUUACAGUGGGAAUAAUACAGAGUUUCCACAGGUGUCGCUGGACCUGAAUAAAGGCAUCGACAAGGCCUGUCGCUACAUUGGCAACUCUGAAGAGAGUUUUCAUAACUUAUUGAAGUGGAUUCUUAACAACAAGGAUUGCCUGAUGAACAAAACUGAACCUCAAAGAUUGGAUGUUGAUUUUAUAAGUUUAAGAAGGCCGCUCACCACCAUUAUGAGAUCCCCCUACAAUUUCAAUGAAUCCUGGGUGAUUUAUGCUGUUGAAUUUAUGGGAUCCAUUUACUUCCUGAAAGAGAAAGGUGACAAUUUUCUAGUACACCAGAAUCAGGCAACUUUUCGCAACUGUUUUGAAGUGUGGGGCCAUAAGUUUGAGGACUACAUGUGUGGAG